AUGGCCGAGGGCGAGGGCGCUGGCGGAGUCCAGGGCGACCUGGAAAAGGAACUGACGUGCUCGAUCUGUACCGACGUGCUCUACCAGCCGCUCACACUGCUCGACUGCCUGCACACCUUCUGCGGCGCCUGUCUGAAGGAGUGGUUCGCCUUCCAAGCCUCGACCGCCACGUCGAUACACCCGUACACCUGCCCCUCGUGCCGGGCCUCUGUGCGCACCACACAGCCCAAUGCCACCGUCACCACGCUGCUCGACAUCUUCCUCAAGGCGAACCCCCAGAGCGGCAAAAGCGCCCAAGAGAAGCAGGCGGACCGCGACAGAUACCGGCCAGGCGACAAUGUGCUACCCAAGCUCAGGCGCCGGGAUGAGCGCGAUGACACCCAUCAGCGCAUGCUCGAGGCAGCUCAGCAGCCGAGUCUGAGGGACGCGGGCAUCGCAAGCAGCAGGAGGGCCAGCCGGGAGCCUCCAAGAGAGCGCACAACAAGGGAGCGAAGCCGCAACGGGAGCCGCGAAUCCCGCAGGGCGCGCGAUCAAAGGCGGUCUGCCAGCCAAAAUCCGCCCGGCGCAUCCCCGUCCAGGGCCGUCAUACCGCCCCGCGCUAUCGAGCACCAGUCCAGCCUGCGCUCUCUGCUGAGCGCCUCCGACCUCGACGCAGAAGACGUCGACGAAGAUCUCGUGCGCCAGGUGCUGGAGGAGCUGGUGUCCGAGGGCGUCGACCUGAACCAGAUUGGCACUGCGCAGGAAGAGGAGAUCACCGAGAGGAUAGCCGAGGCUGUGCGACGGCGGCAGGCAGAACGACAUGCUGAAAGACAGCGCGAGAGGAGGGAGAGAAGGGAGCGUCUGGCAAGAGAGGGCUUGACGAGCUCCUCGUCUGCGUCGCUGCUGCCACAAGCCAUGCGCAGCCCGCUUACGCGCGACGAGGAAGCUGCGCGCAGGAGAAGGCAUGGACGUUCCGAGAGUGGCGCAUCGACGCCCCAGACGGCAGUAGGACCCCCCAUAUCCAGACCUGCUCUCAUCGACGCCGCAAAUCGAGGCGGGCGGGCACCGCGCCAGCGAUCGUCAAGCCAGGGCAGCUCUCGAUCCGCCACGAGGGUAGAGCGCCCUGCACCUGGCUCGGCUCCUGCAAAUCCGGCGACCGGCGACCGUCAUUCAUCAUCGGAACUCGCUCGUCCAAGGCCACGUCGACAGUCCGAAAAUCAGCAGAGAAAUAGGCUCGACGUUCGAGAGCAGUUCCGCAUCAGUCUCCACGCCAGCAACAACAAUAACAACAAUGAGACAGUGUCAAGUCCUAGCUCGCCCCAGAGCCUCGGCUUCGAUCUGCCCAACAGCGGCAGUCCAACGACUUCUCUAGCUACAGUUGGCACUCCAGCUGUGCCCUUGUCUUCCUCUACUCCUGCCGUCACGCCUUUCCAGCCUCCUUCGGCUCGCCGUACUACCGACCCUACCACAGCCGAACUGCCACGCUCUUCUCACAGUACUACUCCCCCCUCGCUAUCGCCUCCUGCUUUCCCUCGCUCCACCCCCGAUCCGACCGUGAGCGAGACUCGAUCGAGACAAGCUUCAAGCUCAUCACUAGGUACUCCUGCCCUAUAUACAGAGCCCCAUGUGGCAUGCCAACGCUGUGGUAAAAACGACAUACAGUACGAGCUUCACUACAAUUGUCGACGCUGCGAUGGUGGCGAGUACAACAUGUGUCUUCGCUGCUAUCGUCUUGGCAGAGGAUGCAAGCAUUGGUACGGCUUUGGUUGGACUGCUUGGCCCCGGUAUGAGCGCGAAGCACCAGAGGGUGGUUAUCCGCCCUAUCACGAGCAUCCCCAUAUCCUGGUCGGGCACCGAUAUCGCAGACCCAUGACGCCCUUGACGGAAUCCACGACACCACCACAUGUGCUCAUGAGCGAGGAUGACCCCAAGCAGAGGGUAGAAAUUGGCGUCUUCUGCGAUAUGUGCAAGGCAUACGCCAACGCCUGCUACUGGAAAUGUGACUAUUGCAACGACGGCGACUGGGGCUAUUGUAAUGAUUGCGUUAACCAGGGGCAUCACUGUACGCAUCCUCUUGUUCCCGUUGCCCGCAAGACAAGAGACUCGCAGUCUGUUACUGACACAGUUCCCUCCGCGCCCUCUACGCCACGUCAGGAUGGACAUCUUGCUCCCCCAGACCUCGACGCAACACCCACAACCCCUCCGUUGACACCGAAAUCCGCGUCUCUUAUGCGAGGGCCAGGGUACUUUACCAUUGCGAAUUUCAUCUUCCGCCCUCUCACCUUUACAACCUUGUGUAACAUAUGCAGUUACCCUAUUCCACCAUCAAACACACGCUAUCACUGCCUCAAGUGUAACACUGGCGACUACGACAUUUGCAUGAGCUGCUACCACAAACUCGUCAUCAGCGGUCGCAUCACCAAAGAAGACGGCGUAAACGGAUGGCGCAAGUGCCUCCGCAGCCAUCGCAUGUACAUUGUAGGAUUCGAAGACCGUGACGGCGCACAACGGCGCAUGGUUGUCCGCGAUCUAGUAGGCGGCUACGCACUGAAAGAAGAAGACGAAAUGGCCAGAGUACAGCGGUACCCACCAGAUGGCGGUAUAGGCUUGAGAUUACUGGCUAGAUGGGGCUAUCUGCCGGAUGAAGGAGUAGAAGAUGAAUUAUCCUUUCCUAGAGGAGCAGAGAUAAGGGAAGCAGCUGAUAUCAAUGGAGACUGGUAUUGGGGUGUUUACUGUGGUGUUGGAAAACUGUUUCCUGCAAACCAUGUCACAUCUGUCUAA